AUGACAGCGCGCACUGAGUUGGAGCUGGAGAAUGGCACUUCCCCAACCCCAACACCAACAGAAAAGGAGGCGCAAUCGGGGUCAAGUCAGUCGGACACGGGCCCAAUCGAUUGGGAUGGACCAGACGAUCCUGAGAUGCCACUGAACUGGCCAAAGUCCAAGCGAUGGAUCAAUACCAUGGCGGUGUCGACGUUGACCCUACUGACGCCCUUUGCAUCUUCCAUGAUUGCACCCGCUGUCCAACUCAUUAUGGACGAUAUGAGUGAAACAAACCCUAACAUAGGCUCAUUCUCGGUAUCAAUAUACCUUCUUGGGUAUGCUUUUGGCCCUUUAUUCCUCGCUCCACUCAGCGAGCUUUAUGGCCGUCUUCCAGUAUACCAUAUUUGCAUGUUUCUCUUUCUCCUGACAAACAUCGCAUGCGCAUUGUCUGUCAACAUGCCCAUGUUCAUCAUCUUCCGUCUGCUCACUGGACUGGUGGGUGCAUGUCCCUUGACUCUUGGCCCGGCUAGCGUCGCAGAUUGUUUCAGGCAGGUGGAAAGAGGCCGAGCGAUGGCCAUAUGGAAUAUGCCAGUACUGCUGGGCCCGAGUCUUGGACCUGCAGUCGGGGCAUAUGUCUCUAGAAGUUUGGGCUGGAGGUGGAACUUUUGGCUCCUUGUUAUUAUGAAGGAGACUCACCAUCCAACUCUGCUAAAGAAGAAGGAAAGGAAACUGCAAAAGUUACACGGCACUGAGCAGGUCUCUUCCACCCUCGCUUCCGACACGAAGAAUCAGCUCCUCAAGAAAAGCCUGGCUCGUCCAUUGAAGAUGCUCUUUCUGUCGCCCAUCGUUUUCGGCCUUUCUCUCCUGACUGCUAUCGCUUACGGUACUCUUUACCUGCUGUUCACCACGGUGUCUGAAGUCUUCAGGACCAGAUAUGGAAUAGUCACUAACGUCGGACUUGUUUACCUGGGCUUUGGUAGUGGUCAGAUUGUUGGACUCUUCGUCUUUGGCUUGCUCUCGGACGCUAUUGUGAAGAGACUGGCUAAAAAAGGCGGAGAGAUGAAACCAGAGUAUCGUAUUCCCCUCAUGAUUCCCUGCAGCGCAAUCAUCCCUAUUGGGCUGUUGGUAUAUGGCUGGACGGCUCAGUUCCGAGUCUUCUGGUUUGUGCCAAUUAUUGGCACAUUCCUCAUCGGCUUCGGGAUGAUCACGGUUUUUAGUUCCGUGAGCACCUACUUGGUCGACGCGUUCCCUGUUUACGCUGCGAGUGCUACUGCGGCCAACACUGUUCUGAGAAGUGUCGGCGGCGCCCUUUUGCCACUUGCUGGCCCGAAGAUGUAUGAGGCAUUGGACCAAGGAUGGGGUAAUACACUACUCGCAGGGAUAUCCUUGGGUAUGAUUGGCAUGAUAGUUAUGUCGUACAAGUAUGGAGAAAGAUUGAGAACAAAAGUUGAAUACUAA